AUGUCGACGCAACUAACUCCUCUUAAAGAGUAUUAUAAAUGGAAGAAUGGAAAUUUUUGUUGUGUUUGCGGCGAUGAUAAAUCUGGUAGCCGAUUUACCAUGAUUUUCAGCACUGUUGGAAAAGAAAAGGGAUUGUCGGAACAAAUUUAUUCUUUAACAUCUAUUUAUCUCGGAGAAUCAGACGGCAAUGCCCAAUCUCUCAAAAUUUGCCGAUCUUGCGAAGGGAAGCUCAUUAAGUCAAAUGAAUUUAAAAGUUGCGCCGUAGCCACACUAGAAAGCAAUCGAGAAAAGACAUCUUCCAGGAGAUGUCUCAACUUUUCGCCAGUUAAAUCCGAUCCUCCGAUAGGCAAGAGAGUGCGGAACGUAGAGGCAGAACUGACGACAACUAAUACGAAUUCCAUUGAUGAUGUUGAGGUAAAGACUAAGAAAUAUUAA